AGCAACAACCUCACUUAUGUUACAAAAUUUUACCGAAUUGUGUAAACUUUGUCAUAGAAAUUAAACUAUUUAAAUAUUUUAAGUAACCUAACUAUUGUAUUUAUUUAAAUUAAAAAAAAAGUGAUUUGAUACCUGAUCUUUUAAGAACAAAUUUAUUUAAAUAUUUGUACAAUAAAUAAAACUAAUAUUAAAAUGCUGACCUCAAUGUAUCGACACAGCUCAAGAAUUACAUCAAGAUGUUCGAAUCACGUUCGAUUACUGACUCAAAGUGUAGAGAAACCGAAGACAGCUAUUAUUAUGUUAAAUAUGGGAGGACCAAAGACAACAGAUCAGGUACCUGACUACCUACUCAGGAUAAUGACAGAUCGCGACAUGAUACAGCUGCCGGUUCAGAGCAAACUUGGGCCCUGGAUAGCCAGUCGACGAUCAGAGGAAGUUAAGAAAAAGUACAUGGAAAUCGGAGGGGGAUCCCCUAUUUACAAAUGGACAGAUUUACAAGGAACGCUCCUGACGAGGGCACUGGACCAGAUGCUACCAGAAACAGCCCCCCAUAAACACUACAUAGCUUUUAGAUACGUGCCCCCAUUUACCGAAGAGGCUUUAAACGCAGUGGAAAAGGACGGCGUAGAAAGAGCUGUAAUAUUCUCUCAAUAUCCUCAAUACAGUUGCGCUACCACCGGAUCGAGUUUGAACGCCAUUGCAGAUUUUUAUAAAAACAGAUCAUUGCCAAAUAUUAAAUUUUCACUAAUAGAAAGAUGGGCGACGAAUAUCAAUUUAGCAAAAGUGUUCGCGGAAAGGAUCAAAGAGAAGUUACAAUUGUUCGAUGGGAAAAUAAGGGAUCAAGUGCUGAUAAUGUUCACUGCGCACAGCUUACCGUUAAAGGCGGUAUCCCGAGGAGAUACGUAUCCCCACGAGGUAGCGGCAUCCGUAUCCGCGACAAUGGCGCAACUCUCCGUGCCCAACCCGUACCGGCUCGUGUGGCAGAGUAAAGUCGGACCGUUGCCAUGGUUACAACCGUACACGGACGACGCAAUAAAAGCGUACGCGAAGCAAGGCAUCAAACACAUGAUCCUUGUACCAAUAGCGUUCGUUAACGAGCAUAUAGAGACAUUACACGAACUUGAUAUAGAAUACUGUGAUGAAGUAGCUAAAGAGGCUGGUAUCACUCAGAUCGAACGUGCAUCAGCUCCAAACGAUCAUCCGAUAUUCAUCGCUGCAAUGGCGGAUGUUGUCGCGAAGCACAUUAAUGACGGCCCGAGCGUCUCAAGACAGUUCCUAUCUAGAUGUCCACACUGUGUCAGCGAAAGGUGCAAAUCGUCAAAGGAGUUCUAUAAGAAGCUAUGCAGUUCCACAGAUUAUAUCCAGCCCGAGUUGGCAGCUACUAAAAUAUAGAUAAAAUAAAUUAACAUAUA